CCAGUAUACCCAUUCAGUGAUACCGCGAGGGGCUCCACCUCCGGCUCGCCUCAACCCUAACCCCCUCCCCUCCCCUCCCCUCCGGCGAGAUGCCCACCGGCAGCGCCUCGGCGUGACGCGACCUCUCGUCGGCGGUGAGGAGGGCGAAUCUGGGUUGGCGCCGGUGGUCGCGAGAUGGAGGCGAGGCCUCGGCCUUCCGGCGUGCGGAGGGUGACCGCCAAUAAGCGUCCGAGGCCGGAUGCGUCCUCCAACAGCGCGCGGAAGCUGCAGCGACGGGAGAUUGCCGCAUUCCCCGAGCGCACCUUCGCCGCCAGCACCACGCGGGAGCGGUUCCGCAACAUCCAGCUCCAGGAAGAAUUUGAUACAUAUGAUCCUAAGGAGAAUAGUUCGCUACUACCUUACUUGCGGAAGCGGUCUGAAAUUAUCGAGAUAGUUGGAGCCCGUGAUAUUUUCUUUGCUUUAUCACAGCUGGGAGUAUGUGCUGCGUUCAGUAGAGUGACAAACCAGCGGAUUUGCUUUCUGAAUGGAAGUCCAGAUGAAGUCAUCCGUAGUUUGUUUUAUAACAAGAACAAUGACUCGCUUAUAACCGUGUCAGUUUAUGGUUCUGAAAAUUUCAGUGCUUUAAGAUGCAGGACAACUCGAAUCGAGUAUAUCCGCCGUGGAAAGCCAGAUGCUGGUUUCCCCCUUUUUGAGACAGAAUCGUUGAGGUGGCCAGGUUUCGUGGAGUUUGAUGAUGUAAACGGAAAGGUGCUAACUUACUCUGCUCAAGACAGUACUUACAAGGUCUUUGACUUGAAGAACUACACACUUCUGUAUACGAUAUCUGAUAAAGAGGUUCAAGAGAUAAAAAUCAGCCCUGGUAUAAUGCUAUUGAUAUACUCUAGAAAAAAGGGCUAUAUUCCUCUUGAGAUUCUUUCUAUUGAAGAUGGUAAGCGCUUGAAGUCAUUCAGGCAUCUUCUUCACCGCAACAAGAAGAUCGAUUUCAUCGAGCAAUUCAAUGAAAAGCUUCUAGUCAAGCAGGAUGGGGAGAACCUUCAAAUUCUUGAUGUAACAAACUCUAAGAUAACAGAAGUGAGCAGCAAUGACUUUGUGACUCCAUCAGCUUUUAUUUUUCUGUACGAGAUGCAGCUGUUCCUGACCUUCCGUAAUCGAUCAGUAUCAGUUUGGAAUUUCCGUGGUGAACUGGUGACAUCCUUUGAGGAUCAUUUGUUGUGGCAUCCUGAUUGCAAUACAAACAGUAUUUACAUAACUAGCAACCAAGACCUCAUUAUCUCUUACUGCAAAGCUGAACCGGAUGAUCCAUCUUCAGAAGACAAUGCCUGUUCUAUAAACAUCAGCGAGAUAUUGACCGGGAAAUGCAUGGCCAAGAUAAAGGCAGGGAACCUGAGCAAACAGAAGUCAUCCAAGUUCCAGUGUACGCCUCUAGAGGCCCUCGGCCACAUCACAGCUCUGUACUACGACGAAGAACGCGAGGAGAUCAUCACCGGCAACCAACAAGGCCUCAUCCAUGUGUGGUCAAAUUAACAGCUUGGUCCAGUGCAGGCAGGUUACUUCAGGCACCAGGGGAUCCUCUAAUAGUAUUUAGCUUGUAGUGGCACCAGUUUAGUGAGCAGCCUGACCUAGCCGUGCGGCGAAAGGGCAUCUUUCGUCGCAUGGGCCUUCAUGGUGGGAAUGCUUGUGUAUAGGACUCUAGUUCAUCCAUCACCAGCCUCUUAAAUUAUCAGCUGCUGAGUUGACAUUUGCCAUGUGUUUUUUGGGAUCCUUGUAGCUUCAGGAGAUGCUUAUCAUAUAGGGGUCAUAUAAGAGGGAAGGUUUCUGGUGUAUGGAGUGUAAGCAUUAUUGCCCCACACCGUCAUAGCAGCUAUUUAUCCGAUUCUGAUUUUGGAGUGCCGA